UCUCCUGGGUGUUACUAAUGGUUUUAGUUGUAAGGCAUGCUUGUGCCACAGGAUUCUGUUGUGCUAGCACGGUUGAACAGUAAACAAAAAUACGGCAUUCCAUUUAAGAUCGGCGCAUAACUUACUAUAUGCAUGUGUUCAUAAAUAUAUGUACGGUGUUGUGGUCGUGGGCCUCAGAGAGGGUAGAAGCAGAAAAGAAGUUACAAGGGAAAAUUUACAAAAGGAGGUACCAGUACCCGUGGUAGCAACAUUUAUAAAUUGACUUUGGCCCGGAAAAUGAGGACUAACGGAGGAGUCUUGUAGUUAAAAGUGAAUAAUGCACUGACAUGUCUGCAGCACACAUAAGCACUGAGUUCAGUGGGUUCAACAGAGUGAGUUCAAGUUCUGCGUCCAGUUCCAUAUCAUCCUUCAACUUCUCAUCGGCUUCCGUGUCACCGAGCUCCUCCUCAUUGCGUGAAAGUGGUGCUGCACCGGUAUUAAUUUCGCUCCAAAAAAGGGCCAAGUGCGCUGUAGUGAUGUCAGCCCAGGUCACACCGAAGAUCCUGGCUAGCAUUAAUUCAAAGGAGUCGAUUCACAAGUCAAACGCCGUACACCACCUCGAUAUGGCUGAUCAAGGCAAGGUCAACGCCUCAUCUCUGCCACUGUCGGAUGAUCCGCGAACACUGCAACUGGCGUUGGAACUAUCGCUGGUCGGAUUCAACGACAAUCAAACUUGUUAUGCGCCACCUGCUCAGCCUCUAUCAUUGCCCCUGACUGCACAAAGUGACUUCGAGAUGGGUACCAUCAACGGCAUACCCCCGUUCUCCAAAACAGACACCACCCUGCCACUCACACCUGCACCAAGUUCCCUUCUGUUACCCACUGCCGGCACCGUCAGCUUAGAGGACCGAUCAAAGAAGUCCCAGAACAUGACCGAGUGUGUUCCAGUCCCCAGUUCUGAACAUGUGGCCGAAAUAGUGGGCAGACAGGGUUGCAAAAUCAAAGCGUUGAGAGCCAAGACCAACACUUAUAUUAAAACACCAGUUCGAGGAGAGGAACCGGUGUUCGUUGUGACUGGUCGAAAGGAAGAUGUAAACAAGGCCAAACGAGAAAUACUUUCCGCUGCUGACCACUUUAGCCUAAUACGGGCAUCACGUAAGCCUAUAAGUGACGGUCACAGCAGCGGAAUUGUAGGAAAUGCGAGUGGAUCUGGUGGUGGUGCAGUGCCACGCAUGCAAUCAGGUCCCCCAUGUAUGCCUGGACAAGUCACCAUACAGGUACGUGUACCUUACCGGGUAGUUGGUCUAGUUGUUGGGCCCAAAGGUGCUACAAUUAAACACAUUCAACAAGAGACUCAAACUUAUAUUGUGACACCGUCGCGCGAAAAAGAACCAAUUUUUGAAGUUACUGGCUUGCCUGACAAUGUAGACACUGCACGAAAGCAGAUUGAAGCGCAUAUUGCCCUUCGAACUGGGACAGGAUCUGGUAAUGGAGAUGCUAAUACUAUGCAUUGUGGUGAAUCGGUUGAGACGAAUGAGUUCGCGAACCUGCCGACAAUAAAUUCAUUAACACAAAUACUAAAUGAUGAUUUAAAUUCAGAAAUUUUGUCGUCUAUAUACAAAAAUUCAAUUCCAUCUGCACAGGACUAUGCAAGUACUACAAUGAAGAUUCUUGGGAACGGUAGCAAUUCCGUGAAGCCCAUGCAUGGCCAUCAUAGUGGCAAUUGCUUUCAAAAAACUGAGUUUUCUGAUAUGGAAAUAGCAGCAACUAUAACGCCAACAGGAAUAUCAGACAAACAUCUUCCCGGAAAUGAAGUUACCAUGCCCAUAGCCAAGGCUAAUGUUGUAUUCCGUAAUACGCCUAGUAAAACAUUAUCCUUCUGUCCUCCCACAUCUACAUCAGCAUCGAUUCAUUCGAACUCUAAUGCAAAUAUAUUAACGCGAUCUUGUUCAUCUGCUUCUUCAACAACUUCAACAAAGAGCACCAACAAUAGCGCCAACACACCUCCAGAAAUAUUGAAUAUAUGGAAAAAUAUAAGUGAUUCAAUUGACGUCGACGAGGGUAUAGGGGAUUCGCCCAGUAUUUGGAACCAACAGGCAAAUAUUAUACCCACAGCACACUGCUCACCGACAAUCUCAAUCAGUCCUACGGACUCGCUUUUGGGCUUGGGUGAGCAUUCUGCAAGUCAAAAAAAUAUGCACCAUACUAAAGAUCCGACUAUAUGUAACAAUCAGCAAAAGACUCAAGCCAUUCAAUUACAACCUAAUCCUGAAAAAUUUAUGAUUCACCGCGAAUGUUUUGUUUGUAAUGAAAAUGAUGUAACCACUGCUUUGGUUCCAUGUGGACACAAUAUGUUUUGCAUGGAAUGCGCAAAUCAAAUCUGCAUUUCUAUGGAAGCAGUUUGUCCGGUUUGCAAUUCGAUUGUUUACCACGCAAUGCGCAUUUUAGGAUAAUUUGUAUUAUAUUAAUUUUUUAACUUAGUUGUUUUUAACUUUAGAUUUGUUAGUUUUAUAAUUAAUUAUUCAGUAAUCGUGGCUUCCGUGAAGUUUAUAUUGUUUGGAAUUUUAAAAUUGCGAUUUAAAAAAUUUUUUUUUAAUGCAUACCAUUCUUUAAAAAAGAUUUUAAAAUGGCGUCUAUCAGAUCAUUUAUGCUGGUGCGUCGUACAGUUUUGGAACUUUAAAAUGUAAAAAACAAUUUCCGUUACCUUUUUUUAAAAGUAAACAAAUGAUUUCUUUUAAGUUUCCUUAAAUUAAAAUUUUUGUUUUUUGAUGUUUUUUUUUUUGAUUAUUGGUUUCGAUUAAAAAUGUAACCACCUAUGAUCUCAAAUAUGUGUUUUUUUUUUAGCCAGGAAUAAACAAGAUUCGAACUAAAAUAUGUUUGAAAUAUUUUUGAAACGACCCUAUGUCAUUUCUAAUUGUAUUUGGCUCUUUAGAUCCGAGUAACUACUACACUUUUAUAAAAUAGUUUAAUCUGGAAUCUAAGAAUAUUAUUUAUGUUAUUUUAAAAUACAAAACAUUUAUCGAAAGCAUAAGAAAGUAGUUAAACUGUUGUUCACAUUUUUUCCCCUCAUAUUUUGUUGAAGUUUUUGUCUCAAUCUUUUUUUUUGCCCAUUAUUUAUUUAUAUCGGUUUCUAUGCCAAACUAUUAUGUUUUAAUACCUCCCUGCAGAAAAAAUGCGAACUAGAAUAAUACAAAAGUAAUUGUUCAACAUGUUAACAAAAACCAGAGGAAACGCUUUAGUCGAGUCCUUCGACUAUCAGAUACCCGUUACUCAGUUAUAGGAAGUGCGAAAGAGAUGGACAUAUGAAAGCAGCAAAGCGACAACUUGCCCUCCUUAAAUUCCUUUAUUUGCUCAUAACUUUUUAAUGAAUGGUCCGAUUUAAAAAAAUUCUUCUACAUUUGGAUAAACGCAAUACAAUUGAAUUUAUACAUUUCCGAAAUCUUAAUGAUGUGGGCGCCAUACCAAUUAGAGUCUUGCAUGAGUGUACUUGAAUCAACAAACAAGUCAAUUUUUAAUUUCAGUUAACUUGGAUCGCUUUUUUCAUUUGAUUUUUUUUAUAAGGCAAAACAAGUGAUUUAAUAUAAAAGGAAUAGAUAUAAAAUAAUUUAGAAUCACCGAAAUAAUUUGCUUAGUAAUUUUAUCACUCCCCCUCACUUUUAUUCUGUGCUUGUAACACUUGUUUUUCCUUACAAGUGAUUAAAUAAAACAAGUGAUCCAAGUUAACACACUUGAACUCACUCUAUUUUCAAAAAAUUGACUUCUUUGUCAAUUCAAGUGUACUUACGCAGGACUCUAAUACACAUCUAUUUUCAAAAAAUUGACUUCUUUGUCAAUUCAAGUGUACUUACGCAGGACUCUAAUACACAUUUAACACAUUGUGGGCUUGGAGCUCGGCUGAAAUACACUUUCGUUGCGCAGAGAGCCAGUUGGCUUCCCAACUUUCUAGCUUUUAUAGUUUCCGAGAUCUUAGCGUUCAUACAGACAGACAGACGGACAUGGCUAGA